AUGGAACUGAUACCAGCAUGUGGUAAUCAAGUGAUAAAGAUUCAUUUAUCGUUUAAUGAAGUGUUUGCCAAAAAUGGCCGAUUUGACGAUUGGAUUGUUGUUGGAACGAACAAUCGAGCUGAAUGUCGUUUGAAAGGAAAUGGCGAAUUGGAUUAUGUGAUUGAAAUCGCCGUUUUCAACGAUACUUGUGGUACACAAAUGCCUUCACCAGGAGUGUUUCAAAACAAAAUUCGUAUUGCACAAAAUCCAUCAAUUGUUCUCAAAGGAGAUGACAAUAUGAUCAUCAAAUGUAUUUAUGGUAUACCUCAUGUUAAUCAACUGCUAAAUCCCACUGUACAUCCAUCAUUUACUGCGGUCACUAUUAAAGUGGUGCAUCCGAAUGAGAUACAUUGUAACGUCACACAGUCAUUAUUGCAGAUUGAUGGUAAUGGAUCAAGAGUGGACAAUAGUGAUGCAUACGAUGAGCAAUUAGCAGAAGUGCGUUCGAUAACGGAAAUAUAUCGAUGUGCUGAGAUGACAACCGUUGACGGCGAUCGUUUAUCGCAGUCGACUUUAGAAGGUCAUUUUCACUGUGGUGUUUGUAAGGGGCAAACAAUUAACACUACUCGUCAACUCGCUAAUUGUGCGGAAAAAAUUCGUGGAUUUGGCCCUCGGAAAUUGACCGAACAAGAGAUUGGUCGUUGGCGUCAACUGCUGAUAAAAGAGAAAAAAGUUUAUGAGGCGAUAGUGAAAGCGCAAUCGUUGGCCGAAUUACAACAGAUACAUUCAUUAGCACAAUGCAGUAGAUUAUUUACGCGAGACAAAUGGUUCAAUAUUAUGCGAUGUGUUGCUGAAAUUCAAUUCGGUAAAACGGAACACGUCACAAACGGAUAUGCGAACGAAUGGAAUUCGCAAAAAACAAAUCAGACUAUGUUGAUCGUAUCAUUGUUUGGUGUCUACAUUGGUUUAUUAUUGGGUAUCUUUACACCGACAUUAUUACUCAUUCUGUUCGGACUUAGUUGGGGUGCAUUACCACAUAUUUACCUUAAAUUUAUUAAAUUCCUUCAAAAUCUCUACCCUCAACAAUACGCAUCAACUGAUCACGAAUCCUGGCCAGCAACCAUCGAACGAUCUCAAAUUUCAUCACUCGAAAAAAAUCGUAAUGAUUCGUUAUCAUCGUUUAAAUUCAGUGCAGUACCUGCGAAAGAUGUAUUCAACGUUUGCUCUGAUGCUCUCAAGGCUGGAUUGGAAGCAAUCGCUCAAGAUGAUAUAAGCGUUGCAUUCGAUAGAGCACCAUCGUUGCAUACCACCCUUCUAAUACGACCCGACAUUCUACCGUUUCCGGACGAGCAAGUAACGAUUUCUCGAGCCCAUCUGUUGCUAUACUAUGCAUUGGUAUUAUUUCGUUACGCAAUCCUAUUGCCAAUACGUUUUGCUUUCAUACUGACAUCAUUCGCAUACGUCUCAAUUGCUGUCAUUAUCUCGUUUUUUGUUUCGUUCACAAGGAAACAGAAAACCUUUAUUGCUGUUACUUAUUGCCGUCUGUUCUCGGCUGGAAUUGGUCUGGUUGCCACUUAUCGUAACACUCAAUUUCGACCGAAACAACCAGGUAUCGCUGUGUCGAAUCACCUCUCACCAAAUGACAUUCAGAUACUUUAUUCAGACGUUCAGUCAAAUUCAGAAUUUGGUUAUACGGUAACAGGUCAAAAGCAUGUUGGUAUUAUAUGGGCCAUUGAAAGUUUGUGCGAGAGAUUAAACAGAGCACUAUGGUUUGAUAGGAGUGAUAUGAAUGGCAGAAAGAAGUUCGUAGAGGACGUCAUGAGAGAGGCAAUUGUCAGUUUCAUUCACUUGUUCAGUGGAGGACCAGUGCUGCUCUUCCCAGAAGGGUACUGUACCAAUAACACCAGAGUAUUACAGUUUAGAAGAGCCAUCUUUGAGGAUGGUAUAACAAUAUACCCGAUUGCAAUCAAGCAAGAUGCAAGAUUUGGGGACUCUUUUUGGUACGAAGAUCAGUUCUGGAGAUAUCUUCUACGAGUGUUAACGUCAUGGGCUAUCGUUUACGAUGUCUCUUAUAUUGAACCUCAGAAGAGAUGGCCUAAUGAAUCUGCACAAAUGUUUGCUGCACGAGUGCAAAAUCUUAUCGCCGAAACGUCAGUUCUCAAUUUAAUUCAUUUUCUUAUGAUCGUUUAUUUGUUCAAAUAA